AUUUAGUCGACAUCAUUAUUUACCACUUCUCAAAUGUGUAUCUUGCUUUCAUAAUGUUUUCAAAAUUCUACAGUGCUUAGUAUGAAGAGUUUUAUUGCUGAUUCAAGAUUCUAAGUAAAUAUUUAUGUGUAAGAAUUUCGGAUCAAAGUUUACAGAGUGAGAUGGAUAUAUUUGAGCAUGAGUGAGUAUGGUUUUCACAUUUGAUGCAUGUAACCACCAUUGUUAUACGGUAUUUUAUUCACAUAUCAACGAAGAUUUUCCGAUGGAUUGGUGGUUCGUUAUAGCUAUUAUUUGCAUAGCAACUAUUUCGAUCCUCACUUUAUUACUGUUCUUAAAAUACAGGAGGAACUGGAAAAUUGAGCGCAUCUUCCUCGCAUUAUUGACUGUAUGCAAGUGAGUGGAUUGAAAUGUCAAAUGUAUUGUUGUCUACCAAUGCUUAUUUUGGUAAUCACCUGAAAUACAGGAAUAAUUUCACAAUUCUAGUAGAAUUUCAAACUUCAAUCUUCAUAUUGUGGUGGAUGAAGGAAAUACAAACACACCUCACAGUAAACAAUUCUUGUUCCACAUUUUAUGUUUUAAUAAAUAAAUAAAUGAAACUAGGCUAAAGCCAUUUUCAUUCACGCUCAAACAGUCUAACUUAUGCUCUGAAUAAACAAUCAGUGCAGCUUAUAUUUUCCUUUCACUAUUGAAUUUCACUGUCCAAUAACAGCGAGAAGAAUUAUACAUGACGACUCGUAGAAUUCGUCGUUUCAGUUCCCUCAAAUAUUUAUUAGAUUUAAUAUUUGUUUUUUAGUACCUUUGUGAACUGUUGGCAGUUGGUUUCUUCAACACUUCUAUGUGUUUGGUAAGUUCAGACUAAUUUCUUUCUCCGAAUUCUUUGAAGGAGUAUCAGAUUGACAACAUUUGCGCUAAUUUUCGAAGCAUAUUUCAUAUUUAAAACAUAAUUUAUUUUGUUUAAUAAAGUGUUCAAUCACUUAUUAUGACUGGAAUUCUGAACAUUCAUGUUGUCAUUUCUUUUGUCAGCUUGUAGUGCUUCUGGCAAAUUGGCUCAAAUGAGUUUUGUACGACAUGUCUAUGUGACACUGUGUAUGACCAACUUACAUGUGUAUUUUUUUGAGUUAACAGCAAAAUAUAUGACAAUUUACAUCUCAAACUUUUAAUCUUUGUCACCAGAAAUCGCUCCAAUUUUUUAAUCUUUUUAAAUAAUAGAAUUAUUAGUAUUAUUAUGACUGAAUGUAUUAUUUGUAUGCACAAUCUUCCCUUCCCAUUUACAAGUGAUUUUGGUUGGUGCAUAUUUAAAAAUUAUUUCUAAAGUUAUGUAUGUACAUGUAAGUUUAAUCGGAUUAAAUCUAAUUGAAACAAUAUUGUGCGCUUAAAUGUCUUGUUCUAAAUUUUACGAUUGGAACUAUUACUUAUUGUGAAAUUUUAAGUGAAAAAUAUUUAUGCAGUGAAUCUUCCAAUUUUAUUUGUCCAGAACGCGAUUUACAGAAGAAAAAAUUAUUUUAUCGAUUCAUAGUUGGAUAAAUAUGACUCUCUCACGAAUACCUACGGUCUGGAAAUAUCAGAUUAUACAGUCUUGUGAUCGUGUACUGAAGUUAAUGCUUUUGGUUUACUCAGGUAAAUCUGUGCACAAUGGAUGCUUUGGAUGUAAUAUAUGUUAGUGUACUUUGGAUGUCUAAUAACACCUCGACAAUACAGAAAGGAUGAAUUACAGCAUAUGUUUGCACCUGAAGUUUAACAUGCUUCUGUGGAGCACAUUACAUUGUACGUUGCAGGUGUGUUCUCUAGAAAUGCGCAGAUGAACACUAUCCGAUUUGGUUGGUGGAAGAAGAGCAUGUGAUGAAGAAACCAUCCAUUUGUGAACAUAAUAGACCAUUUAUCGUCAAAAGUUAAGAGAUUCAAAUUCAUUCACCCUUAAAAUUUGCGUUUCAUCCACUUGUGUUUAGCCGAUGCUUUAGAUAAAAUAUGGACAAAACCUAAAUUAUGUAUUCAAACACCUUCAGUUAAAACCUCUUUCUCCACCAUCAUCUCAGUAAUAUCACUUUUAUUUCAUUGUAUUUUAUCGCAAGAACUCAUCAAAGUUCAUCAGCCACUUCAUUAUUACCAUCAUCGAACUCUUAAUGUAUUUUCAAAAUCUAGAUCACAACUAACUUGGUUAAUAGACUUUCAAAACUAUGUUAUUCACCUACUUCAAUUCCACCACGUUCAACAUCUUUAUCGUUAGAAUGUGCUUACACUGGUUACCUGCCGGAGUUCCUUGUUGUGUACAAUCACCGAUAGGCAGACAGAUUAUUUCACCAAUGAAGUGAACGCCACGAGAU